AUGUCUACUUUAAUUAGCUCUAGUAAUAGUCUGAUCAGAUCAGCUCCUGGUAUUUCAACAAACAAAAUCAUGACAACAGUCCCAAUGAGAUUUCAGUCAUCGUUUACAUUUUUAAAUAAUCAUAACUUGAUACUCAAAAGGCAAUCAAAACAAAAUAAGAGAAGAACAAAACGUUUAUCUCCAACCGUGACUACCACUUCCAAAUAUCAUCAACAUACACCCUUUACCGAUCUAUCUGCUGGUUCAAAUGAUCCUAAGGUUUUAGCGGGACUAAGCAAGAAAUAUAAAUUAUACUCAUUACCUAGAGUACCCUCCACAAGACAUUUAGAUCGUGAAUCGAUUAAUUUAUCUGCAUUGUAUUCCGGUUAUAGGCCGAUGUUUUUCAACCCAAAACAUUUGGAUGCCUCUAAUAAUACUAAUACUAGUACAUUAUACGAAUUUUCAAUGAAUCUUGAGGAACCAAAUUCUAUGUGGUAUAAUUCUGCUGCUGGUUUAGAGACAUUUAACGAGUGGGAUAAUAUACCAACCUCUGUAAUGAAAGAUUUGAAACCAUUUGUUCCACCGGCACCCAACAAUAAAACCUCCCCUGUAGUAAAUGAAACUUUAACUCAGGAAGAAAAACCUAUGUUAACAAAAUUACAAGCUGAUCCUGCUGCAUUACUCGAACAGGUAUCUGGUUUGUUACAGAAAAAGAGAGGAAGAAAGAAGCCACUAUUUACAUUAAUCCAUACCAAGAAGUAUCCUCAUAACUAG